AUGUUCGACGAUUUGCUGAAACUGCUGCGCAGUCCGCACUGGGUCAACUCACCCAUCGCACGGCGCUUUGGUUUUCUCGGCUCUGAGCUGUCGUACGAGGAAAGCGAACAAGAGGAUACACCGUCGAAUUGGACCAAGAUCUCGACGUCCGGCCAUCGGCCUCCCAUGCGGAGCGGCCACUCUUCUCUGGUUGUCGGCGACGUGAUGUACGUCUUCGGAGGUUACAACGACGGAAAUUGUCACAACGAUAUCUACGCCUUUAAUUUGGUUCAGCACCAUUGGCAGCUCAUUGAGAAGACGAGCAGCGUCUCUCCUGACGGCCGUGCGUCUCAUGCCUGGUGUGCGUCAACGGAUACGACGAAGCUUUACCUGUUCGGUGGAUCAGGACCGCACUGGGGACAGACCAACAUGGGAAAACUGCUGCAGUUUGACAUACGCGAGAAGAGCUGGACGAUCGUUGAGGCACAGGGCACGCACCCGCCACCAGGGUAUGGUCAGACUAUGUGUGCCAAUAACAACAAGCUGUACCUUUUUGGCGGCACUUCUGGACAUGUGUACGUGAACGAUUUGUACAUCUUUGAUGAAGCGACGAGGGUCUGGAGGAAGGAAGAGACCGGAGGCAGGCGCCCGAGUCCGCGGUACAAGCACCAAGCGACCGUGAUCGACAACCGCAUGUAUGUAAUUGGGGGCGGGCUCUAUGAUCCUGCCACAGGGCCCAUUGACACGUACUACCUCGAUCUGGGUACGCUCGAAUGGCACGACGUGGAAUGCAGUGGCAACAUCCCGAAGUCGCGCAUCGCACACACGAUUUCCCAAUUUUCCAGCGACCCGUACCGAUUGAUCAUGUUUGGUGGGCGCGACGACAGUGGCUCGAGACAAAACGAGCUGAGUGAGCUGAACUUGCGGACUGGAGAAUGGCGAAUCCUCAGUAAGAACGAGGAGAGUUGUCAGCCGGACCCUUGUGACUUUCACACAAGUGUCGCUUACGACGACCGCAUUUUUGUCUUUGGUGGAUCGAACGGCGUUCAGCGAAACAACGAUGUAUUCCGAUACACAAUGACGCACCAACCGUCGACACUGUUGAUCCUCGCCAUGCACGUGUUGCACAAACAUGUCGAUUGCGUGGGGAAGGACCUGGAAGCGCUGCCGUUGGAGUUGAAGCACGGCGUGACAAACAUAAAUCCUGAUGUGGAGUGCUCCUACAACCCGACAUGGUAUGCCUUGGACGACCGAAGGCAAGAAAAUGUGGCGCCAGAAUUGUAG